AAGGGAGGCGGAUAGGGAUCAAGUCCUUCUAGAUGGACCUCAUUCCAUCUAUGGGAAAAUGUGCUACUUGAAAGUCCUUGAUGAUAACUUCUCAACACAUAGUGAUGAAUUCCUCAAAGUGCCUAUAUGGGUCAAAUUUCAUGGGCUGCCCAUGAGGGAUUGGAGAGAGGAUAUCCUAAGUGCCGUGGCUUCUAGAGUGGGUAAACCAUUGGCUACGGAUAGGGUGACACAAGAGAAAGCUAGAUCUUCAUAUGCUCGUGUUCUAAUUGAAGUAGAUGCGGCCAAGCCCCCUCCACUCCAAUUUGAUGUCAAACUUCCAUCCGGGGAGAUCUAUAGCCAAGGCGUAGUGUAUGAGACCUUUCCAAACUAUUGUUUUCAUUGCAAGAUGUUCGACCAUCACCCCUUCACAUGUAAAACACUCCAUGACUUGGAAAGGAAAGAAAGAGGAGAAGAAGUACCCCCCCAAGAACCAAGGAAAAACACUACAUUUCAAAUAGAAGAACAAAGAAGGCAAAUCUAUACUAUCAAAGCUAAUAAUAGAUGCUAUCAUGAGGAGCAUCCAAAGGCCGAGACCACCAAGAGCAGCCAUGACCAGCCCGUGGCAGAAAGUUUGGAAAGAGAAGAGGGGGAGAUCAUUGAAGAGGAAGCCACAAUCUUAGAAGAAAACCCCCUUGCCUUGAUCUUGGCUACACCUAACAUUGAAAGGGAA